AUGUCAACCUCUCAUAGCAUCAUGCAACCAAGCACUGUCACCAUUCUUCUGCCACAAGGUAGGGGGCACUACCGUACGCACUACUUCUCGGGAACGCAAGACGAAGAUGACGCGAAGAUCCUGGCUCGUCUUUCCGCACUAUCGCCUACGAGCCUUGACCCGAUCGAACAGGGAAAGAGAGCUCUUCGAGCCAUGACAAUGAGCAGGUUGUUCGUAGGCAAAGCGAAGCUUCCCAAGGUCCAUGACAUGGAAGCGCAAACGGUUUCAGCGGCUUACGUUCGAAUCAUAGAGAAGGACGAGAUGAUCACCAACCUUCUCAGAGGCUCUCCUGUCUUGGAUCGUGGUACCGUUAAUGUCUUUGCGCAUCUAGUGGAUGGUACAACUGGCCAGGACGAUGCAUCAUCCAUUGUGGCGUGGUGUUUCUACUACAAGCUUGAUGGGACUGCAGCAGCCUUCUGGCUUUUGUUCGCACUCGUGCUGGCCAUCUUUGUAGGAGCCUCAGUUGGGUUUGGCUCCAGCGAUGGUAAACUUGGUUUGGGUGUAGGUGGUGGUUUACUCGCUGUGUUGACAGCAGUUCAGGUGGCGAUCAUCAUGUGGAAGACUUACUGA